GCGGCCGCUUCAUGCCGUGGGCGGGGUUUGCCACCGCUGCCGCGCGCCUCGGCCAGUGGGUCAGAGCGACGCUUGAGGGGGCGCUCGGCAACGCAACGGGGUGCGCCGCGGCGCUGGAAUUGUUGUGCUCUCUGCGGUGGGGUGCCGCCAUCCUCGCGCUGAGCAGCGCGGUGCUCGGCCCCCCCAUCGGCAGAUGUACCUUUCCGCGCUCGAGCGGGCCAGCGCUUCGAGAUCCAGUGGCGCGUCUGCUGGCGCGGAUUGCGCUGAUGCCCUGCGCGCCCGAGCAGCAUGCGGAGGUGGCUGGUCAGGAUCCGAGCGAGAAGGCCGACGAGUUGCCGGACUGGGAGGGCGCCGACCCAGCAGGGCUCGCGGUGCGCAGCCGAGACUGGGACAUGAGCCCCGCGGACUUCCGCCUCCAGAUGCGCUGCGCUAUGGGGCGCUCGCUCGACGAGGCGCCGUCGCUCGGCCUGUCGAGCAGCCCGCCAGCGGAGGGGCCCGAGGAGGAAGCCGCAGCCCUGGCGCCUCCUCCUUCGCGGAUCGGCUCGGGCUCGGACUUGAUGAAGAUUCCGAGUGAGUGGGCGGUUGGGCGAGGGCGGCUUCCAGACGCUACUCCGCCCGAGUGGCGCUGUCUGGCCUCGAGCGACGGCGACGGCAAGGGGUCCAUCGGCGACUUGGAGUUCGAAACCUUCGCGAUCGCCGCGGGGUUCGGCAUCGGGGAGGCUGGGGGGCGGAGCCUGCUGCUGCGCGCCUUGCCGCGCGAUGGGGGAGACGAGCUCGACGCCCGCGCGCCGGCGCCGCGGUGCUCGCCCCGCCCGCGCUGCUUGGGAAUGCGCGAGGCCGUCGCCGAGCCCACCGAGAGCCACUGGGACUUCUUCCCCGUGAGCGGCCCUCGGACCGUGAAGUGGGUCUGCGAGUUCGCGAGGGGGAACGACGCGACCUUCCUGCCGCGGCGCGCGAAGUUCAAGGCGGAGACGGGGCUCUCCAGCAGCGACCAGGACGUCUCCGCGCAUGAGCUGUGCUGCCGCAUCAUGCAUCUCCUUUUCACCUUCGACCAGCUCAACGCCGGCGAGCUAGCACGCGCGGAGCUGGUGCGCCGUCGUAUUCAGAUGGCGGAACAUCGGCACCGCGAUAGGAUACUGUCGACAUCGCGAGGCGACGAGCUGCUGGAGGACUCGCACUUGCACCUGGGCACGGGGGAGACGCGCGGCUUGGCGCGCAUCGCGCCGUCGCCCCUCACGUUCGUUGCGGGCGGCAGCAGCGACCACCAGACUCGCUUCGCAUGCGUGCAGAUCGCGGUGGACAGGCAGAAGGCGGAUAUUGACCGGCUGAAGGAGCAGCUGGCGGGCGCCCCGAAGGUCGUCUCAGCUUUCAACUUCCUCAACGGGCGCGUUGGCAGUGACGGCUUUGGGAAGCUCUCGGCGGCGCAGCUCGCCGGCGUCGACUCGUCGCGCGAUCACCUCGCGUCGUUCGGCCCGCCCGACAUCAGCUCCGCGGCGGCCUGCCGGGAGCUGCGUGGCUGCACUCCCGGGUGCGACAUGUCCCCAGCGGAGGCGGGCACGAUCUACUUCACCUCGGAGGGAAAGCACGCGCUCGCGCCGUUCUUCGUGACCAAGCGCGACGGGAGCGGCAAGCAGCGGAUGGUCUUGGUCACGCGCAGGGUGAACCGCAUGUUCUACGACCUCGACGUCGCCGAGUUGCCGACGGCAGGAAGCUGGCAGAGUCUCCGACUCGACGCUGACUGCAGCCUACACCCCGGCCAGUGUGACAUCGAGGCCGCGUUAUAUCGGCUCGUGCAUGACAGGAAGGUGAUCCCUGACGUGAUCACCGAGCCUGUCGCUGCCGCCUGCGUCGACGGCAUCGCCGUGAUCGGCACCCAGUACAAUGACGUCGUCGGCCAGCUGAGCACCAUCCACGGCGCCUUCAACGACGCUGGGUUCAAGUGCAAGGAGAUUGAACUGCCGAGCUGGGAGCAGAAGCUCACGGGCUUGAUCUUCGAUAGAGACUCGGGGCGUAUAUCGCUGGGGCGCUCGCGGAUGUGGAAGAUCCGCCAGGCCGUUCGGGAGCCACGCGUGGCCGCUGCUCUGGUGCCGCUCGCCCACUACGACGCGAAGCGCCCCGUGGACACGAUGGUCUGCUCCGCCGACGCCAGCGCGGGCGACCUCGACCCGCUCGGCGGCCUUUUCGGCGGCUGCGGCAUCACCAAGCGCGAGGUCGACUCUAAGAUGGCGAUCGAGACGGCGCGGGCGAGGGAGCGCUGGCGCUACCACGUCGAUGGGGCCAUCAACGCUCGGGCGCCGUGCGCCGCCGUCGGCUCGGAGCUCGUCUUCCCGGCGGAGGUGUGGCAGAAUGUGACUUUCGGGCGGUGGAGCCGUGAGGAGAACAUCCUGCGGCUCGAGGGCCGCACACUGUCUCUGUGUUUUCGUCGCAAGAUGCGCGCCCUCCGCUCGCGAGGCCAUGUGGAUUUAAUGCGCAAUGAUCACUUGUCCUUGGUGCUGGGAGUCGAAAACGGUCGAUCCGCAUCUCCUUUGAUCAAUCAGACGUGUCGAGAGAUCUGCAGUUACAGCUUCGUUCCGGACAUAUCCGUAGCCGUGCGAUGGCUACCUUCAGAGUGGAACACCUCCGACAAGAGUUCACGCACCGUGACAGGCACCCCCGACCCCUUCGCUGCCGACCCCCGCAAUGUUGGCACGGCCUGGGCUAGCCUCGCGCGGGGAGCCGCUGUCGAGAAAGCGAGAAGAGACAAGUGCGAACGCCCCGUCAACUUCCCGCGGCGGCGGCGCCACGACUUCUGCGACCCCGACGCCGGGGCCGCUGCCGAUGCUUCGACCUCGGCAGCAGGCCGCGUGGAGCUGGCGCGCCAGAGGGCCAAUCGGGCGAAGCUGAGAGCCGCGAAGCUCGGCGGCAUCAACUGCGACCCUCGGCGUGGGCUGACCUUCUUGCAGAGGCACAAGGUGCGCGCGGCCAUCACCGGCAGCUUAGACAAGCACUUGGCCAGUUUCUUGGAGUGGGUCGAGGUGCCGUCGAUGGAUGCCAUCACGGUGGGCCGCCUGCACGGCCUCCUGGCGGGCGACUUGGACAAGCUAUUCAUGGGCGGGGAGCUCGUGCGGGCGGGCGCAAUGGCGCUGGCGUGGGGCGGCGUGAUCCGCCUGCCGAUCGGUCUCGUCAACAUGACGGCCGAGACGCCGGUGGGGCCAGGACGCGAGGCCGCCCCGCGCUGGGCGCUGUUGCUGCGCCCGAUUGAGGGUUCGACGCGCAGCGUGACGCUCGCGCAGGACGAGGGUGCGCUGCUGCGGAGCGCGGCUUGGCGUGGCGGCGGCGGCAGCAUCCUGCGACAGCUCCGCGCUGCUCGACCCGCUGGCGCGCCUGUGGUCGUUCGGGGCGGCGCAGUUCAACGCGGAGUUCCGCCGUCGGCUCGCCUUGGUGCCGGGCGCGCCCAACAUGAUCCGCACUAUCUGCGGCACUUGGCGGCAUCUCACGCCGCCUCCGUGGAGGGCAUGGGCCUGAAGGAGCUGCAGGGCCGCCUGCGCCGUGCCAGCGCGCAGAGAACCGCGCGGCACUCUUGGCAAGUCCGCUACCUCGCCGAGCUCGAGGGGGUCAACGAGGAGGUUGCGAUCUGGGCCGAGCAGGCGGAGGCCGACAUCGGCCAGAUUCUGGGUGAGCAGCGGCGGCUUCAGUGCUCAAGUUUCCUGUUCGGGAUGCCGCUGGAGUCGAAGCGGUAUGGCAAGGACAUCGCCGAUUUAGAGUUCAGGCGGAAGUUUUCGACCCCGAACCUUGAUUGUAUAGUUGUAAGGAAGAGGCUGACGUAUCUGAAGCGUUUACUUGCUCAUGGUGCCCCUGUCCUGCUAGCACUGCUAGCGCAGAAAAGUGCGAAAGGACAGUGCAUGCCCUGGACUGCGCAGAUACUGCAUGACAUGCGCCUGCUGAGAGAGCGCGUGCUGUAUGAUAUGAACGAUCCUGUCAAGGACUGGCAGUGUUGGUGCAGGGCGAUUGCCUCCCCGAAGUGGGAGCCUGCGGUAGAUGCAUUGUUUUUCACAGACUCGGUGCUUGAUUAUGCUGCGUCCGGCGAGCCCGUUGUCCAGUUGUAUAUGUGUUCGCAGUGUGAGGCGACGUUCUGCAGCGAGAAAGCCAAAGAGCAGCUUGAACGCAUCAAGCACCAGAUGCGGGGCCCGAUGCGUGCAGAUGCGCUCGGCGAUGGAAGGUGCCGCGCAUGCAAUACUCAGUUUUCGUGCAGGUGGAUGUUCUUGCGACGCUUGUGCGACAAGCGGAGGACUACGUGCCGUGACGAACUGUUGGCAUCGACGGUCGAGCCGUUGAGUUUUCGAUAG